AUGACUGUAGAUUCGGAACCGAAAAAGGCGAAACUUGAUCCUACAGCCUUAUAUUCGCAGUAUAUUAGCCAGAUGAACGGUCUCACUACGGCACAACUGUUGGCUGGGCAACCACUUGCACAAAUAGCCGCCCCUACGCACUGCUCAGCUUCUUCCAGUACACCUCGGUCACGGGUCGUUCAUAUUCGGUAA